GGAAGAACCGCACCCGUGGAGAUGGAGGGGGUGCCGAGCCCGGCGGUGGCACCACCACCACAACCACCACCACAACCACCACAGCAACAACCACCACAACAACUACAGCAACUACAGCAACCACCACAACAACAACCACAACGACAACCACAACACACGUGUCCACAGCCUCGCUCGUCUCUGCUGGAGCCGGCUCCCUUCACGCGAGGCGACGGGGUGGACUGCAGCGCCCCUCACGGGCGACUCUCACUCGCACAGGCUCGCAGCGGCACGGCGGAGGGGAGGGCUGUGCGAGUCUACGCCGACGGGAUCUUCGACGUCUUCCACCCGGGCCACGCCAGGGCCUUGAUGCAGGCCAAGGGCCUCUUCCCUCGCACCUUCCUCAUCGUGGGCGUGUGCAGCGACGCGCUGACGCACGCCAACAAGGGCUUCACGGUGCUGAGCGAGGGCGAGCGCUACGAGUCGGUGCGUCACUGCCGCUACGUGGACGAGGUGCUCAGAGACGCCCCCUGGAGACUCACGCCGGGAUUCCUGCAACAGCAUCGCAUCGACUUUGUGGCCCACGAUGAGCUCCCAUACUCAUCAGCGGGUACCGACGAUGUCUACAGGGAGAUCAAGGAGGCUGGGAUGUUUGCCCCGACGCAGCGCACCGAGGGCAUCUCCACGUCGGACAUCAUCACGCGCAUCGUGCGCGACUACGACGUCUACGCACGCCGGAACCUGCAGCGCGGAUACAGCGCACGGGAACUCAACAUCGGGUUCAUACACGAGAAGCGCUUCCGGCUGCAGGGCGGGGUGGAGCGCGUGCGGCAGCGCGUGCGCAGUGUGGAGGAGCGCUCCAAGGAGCUGGUGGCGCGCGUGGAGGAGCGGGGCUGUGACCUCAUCGCCAAAUGGGAGGAGCGGGGCGGUGACCUCAUCGCCAAGUGGGAGGAGCUCUCUAGAGACCUGGGCAACUUCGAGAGGGGGUGCAACAACGCCCCCGGGGCCUACACCAAGGCUUCUCCUCCCGCAGACGUCCCUCCAGCGGCGGGACCUCCCGGGCACCAGCUGUCCCGCUGGCUCGAGGCGCUCCAGGAGUACCCCUUCGAUGUCAUCCAUAGGAAGAGGACUCUGCAUGGGAAUGCGGAUGGCCUUUCCAGGCGGCCCCCGGAGGGCGAGUGCGCCUGCACCCUGGGUUCCAGCCGCUUGCAGAUGGAGGAUUCCUCUCUGCUGAGGCUGCGACACCGUGUUGGGACUAAGGCCCGGAGCUCGGCUCCGUCGGCUGCCCCGGAGAUCGCCAUUCAUGACGGCCUCCUCAUGCGUUGGGAUGCUCAGUUGGAACGGUAUUGCGUGGCGGUGCCCAUUGGCUUGCGAGGGCCCUUCCCGGCAUCCUAA